UUCUCACUAUCUAUCCUGUGCUUAAAUUAUAAUUUUAAACUCAUGUUUUAUUUAUUAAUCAACUUAUUUUAUAUCUCAUAUUAUUAAAAUGAAUUAAUAAUCUUCUAACUAUGACUACUCAAUACAAGAAAUUUACUAGACUCAUAGCUAAAUGGCCUGUUGACAGCACCAAAGGUGAUAGAGAUCUCGGGAAAUUUAUAAGAGAUAAAGUGAAAGCGGCAUUCGAAACUACAGACAAACAAAAUCUAGAUUCCGAGUUUUGCAAUCAGCAGUACAACUCCCUAAACAAAAUAGCGGAUAAUUAUUAUAAAAAUAAAUACAAACGUACAAGAACUAGUACAGCAACCGGCCUUACUACUGAAGAGUGCAACGUGAUACUCUCCAGUGAGGUUUUAGACUAUUUAAAAGAAGAAAACAAAGGUUUCUUCCGUAAAGUAUUUAAUUAAAACAAAAUGUAUUUCAAAAAUCUAUAUAAUACUGUAUUUAUUAGGAAACUGUCAUACAAACAGCUUGAGUACAAAGACCAUGUCCCUGUUAUGUUAAAAAAAGCCAUAGAAUACCUCAAUCCUAAAGAUGAUGAAGUUUUCAUCGAUAUGACAUUUGGAGCAGGCGGUCACUCAAGAAGAAUACUAGAAUCGGCAAAUUGUAAAUUAAUUACUUUAGACAGAGAUCCGACUGCAUAUGAGAAAGCUAAAAAUCUGGCAAAGGAAUACCCAAAUCGUGUUGUCCCACUUCUGGGAAAGUUUAGUGAACUACCAUCUCUUUUGACAGCAGAAGGAAUAAAUCAGUCUAGUAUAGAUGGGAUAUUAUUCGAUUUUGGCUGCUCAUCGAUGCAGUUAGAUACAGGAGAAAGAGGAUUUUCUGUCAGCAAAGAUGGGUAUUUAGAUAUGAGGAUGGAUGGAGGGCGGGACCCAAAUCAGAUAACUGCUAGAGAAGUACUCGCAACAGCCGAUGAACAUGAGCUGUAUAAGAUAUUUAAGAUAUAUGGAGAAGAGAAGAAAGCUGCUAAAAUUGCUCAAACUAUAAUACAGGCAAGGUACAUGAUAAAAAAUAUAGAUACAACUAAAGAAUUAGUUGACAUUGUUAACUCCUGUUGUCCAGAUGAAGUUAGGUUGGACAAGUUACAACGACCUCAAUCAAAUGCCACAAAAGUUUUCCAAGCAUUGCGAAUAUUUGUAAAUAACGAGUUAAACGAACUAAAUUAUGGCAUUGUACUUGCUAAAUACUAUUUAAAAUUGAAUGGGAGACUUGUAACUAUAUGUUUUCAUUCUUUAGAGGAUACAAUUGUAAAACGGCACAUAGGUGGGAAUACAAUUAAUGAAGUAGCAAAUCCAGUACCAUUAAAGUAUCUCAGUCCAUUGUUAGUGCAAGAUCAGGACACAAUAAACGAAUUCCUUGAUACUCCAUGGAAACCACUAAAUAAACAUGUGGAAGUUCCUACUGAUGAGGAAGUUGAAAUAAACCCCAGAAGUCGAAGUGCUAGGUUGAGAGCAGCAAUCAAGAUAAAAUAAAUCUGUGUACAUAAUUUAGUAGAUUAGCUGUUGGUUGCCUUGUGAGAAUGUAAAUAUAGCCGUCACUUUUAUAGAAUGCACUGAAAAUAAAUGUGCUAGAGAAAUU